UCACAUCCAAUAAUUAUUUGUCCGACUAUGGGUUUUCUUUAAAUCCUCGAGUAUAUAAAUUCAAAAACCACCAUGGCAAAGCCCCCAACGAAUAAAAUCAAAACUUUCCAAAGUGAUGAAGGCCAAUUCACUCACUCCAUCUCUUCCUCUCCAAUUUCCAUCGCCCGUCAAACUUCCUCCGCCCACCGGUAUACGAUUUCCAUCUUCUCUAACGCCCAAAGCCAUAUCGAUUUCCACUCCAAACACCAACCGGAUAUCCAUCAACAAAAACGACGACGAUUCCAUCGCAGCCUUUUGGGACUACCAAUUCCUCUUCAUUUCACAGCGGACCGAGACGGAAAACCCCGCCGUCCUCCGCCUAGUCGAUGGCGCCAUACCACCAGAUUUUCCUUCUGGCACAUACUACCUUACUGGACCGGGCAUGUUCUCCGACGACCAUGGAUCGACAGUGCAUCCUCUCGACGGGCAUGGGUAUUUAAGAGCGUUUGCUUUCGAGAAGGAUGAGGUGGCUUUCAUGGCGAAGUACGUGAAAACGGAGGCGAAAAUGGAGGAGCAUGAUCCGGAGACCGACAGGUGGCGGUUUACGCAUAGAGGACCGUUCUCGGUGCUGAAGGGAGGGAAGAAAUUAGGGAAUACUAAGGUGAUGAAAAAUGUGGCCAAUACGAGUGUGCUUCGGUGGGGUGGCCGCCUUCUCUGCCUUUGGGAGGGCGGCGAUCCCUACGAAAUUCGGCCGGAGGAUUUGGAUACGGUUGGGAAGUUUAGUGCUUUUGACGGUGGUGGUGAUCAUGAUUCGCCGUCCCGCGGCGGAACUUACGAUGGUGGGUUUUGGCGUUUUGCUGCGGAGCUUUUGAAGCCUGUGCUAUACGGAGUAUUCAAGAUGCCACCAAAGAGGUUAUUGUCUCAUUACAAAGUUGAUGCUCAAAGGAAUAGACUUCUCAUAAUGUCAUGCAAUGCUGAGGAUAUGCUUCUACCAACUAGCCAUUUCACUUUUUAUGAAUUUGACAGCAAUUUCAAGUUAUUACAAAAGAAAGAUUUGGUUAUUGAUGAUCACUUGAUGAUCCAUGAUUGGGCUUUCACUCAUAAUCAUUAUAUCCUCUUUGCUAAUCGAAUUAAGCUUGAUGUCAUCGGUGCAAUGGGUGCAAUUACUGGAGUAUCUCCAAUGAUAUCUGCACUUAGUGUAAACACAAACAAAAGCACUUCUCCAAUUUAUUUGAUCCCAAGGUUUGGUGAAGAUUCAAACAAAGAUUGUAAAGAAACUAUUGUUGAAGUUCCUUCUAGGCUUUGGGUUCUUCAUGUUGGCAAUGCCUUUGAGAUUAUUCAUGAAGAAGAUGGUACCUUGGACUUCCAAAUCCAUGCCUCUUCUUGCUCAUAUCAAUGGUUCAAUUUCAAAAAAUUAUUUGGUUAUAAUUGGCAGACUGGAAAACUUGAUCCUUCUGUCAUGAACCCGAAUGAAACCAAAAGUAAGCAAUUUCCUCACCUAGUUAAGGUAUGCAUUAGUUUAAGUAAGAAUGGGAAGUGUGAAAAGUGCAGUGUGGAGCCUUUGAGCCAGUGGCCCAAAUCCUCAGAUUUCCCAAUAAUAAACCCUAAGUUCUCAGGUCUAAAACACAAUUACUUAUAUGCUGCAACUUCCUCCGGUAAUCGGCGGUCGCUACCGUCGUUUCCGUUUGAUAUGAUUGUAAAGCUCGAUGCAGUCUCAAGCACUGUCAGAACAUGGUUUGCUGGUAAUCGGAGAUUCGUCGGAGAACCUGUUUUUGUUCCCAAAGGAGAUGAAGAAGAUGAUGGAUAUCUUCUCGUGGUUGAGUAUGCAGUAUCAAUACAAAGAUGCUAUCUUAUUAUUUUGGACGCUCAAAGAUUUGGAGAAGCAGAUGGAGUUGUGGCAAGAUUUGAAGUCCCAAAGCACUUGAAUUUCCCUUUAGGCUUCCAUGGUUUUUGGGCUGCUAACACCUAAUUAAGACAAUGCUCCAAAGGGGAAAGAAAAAAAGUUGUGAGCUGUGUGGUUCAACAGAAAGGGUGUCCUAAUUUGAGUUCUAUAUUAAAUUUAUCAAACCAAGAAUCAUUAGUUAAAACACUACUGCUAUUAUCUCGACAAUAUGUACAUGUAAAUUCUCCCCAUUUUUUUGGGUAUUUCUUGAAAACAUAUAUACAUAUACAUACACACACCGACGGAUCUACUAUAGGCUUGAAAACUCCUUUGAAUUUCUUUAUUUCACCACACGUGUACUAUUAGUUUGUUGUUGAACAUGAGUGGGUCAACCAUUGUAUCUUCUAUUAAUAUGGAUCUAAGUUUGUAAAGAGAAAAUCUACCCUUUUUUUUUUCAUUUAUUUCUAAAUUUAGCCCCAUAAUACAAUACUAUAAAAAGAGAUAUUAUUCAUCCACUGAAGAAAGCACUUUGUAGAAAGGCACAAUCCAAAGCAAGAAAAGAAAAGAGAAAGAUAAGGGAAAACUAAAAAGGAAAAUUAUGGCCAAGAAGAUGAUGGGAGUGUUAUUGAUAUGCAUUGUGGUAAUGGCUGCUUUGGAGUUCUCCAUUGCCAAUGGAGAAGAGAAGAAGGACAAAUAUGAGUCCAAAUUUGAUGCUAAAUACAAAUCUUGCUACGAAAGUUGUGAGAAAGAAUGUCUCCAGAAUGGCAAUAAUGGUCAAAGUUUUUGCGAAGUUAAAUGUGAUGAAGAUUGUGAUGAAAAAGAAGUUGCCGAUAAGCUUCGUAUCGACCCAGCAAAUUGAGUAAUGGAGGAUGAAAAGAAAAGAAAUUAAAAGAGAAGAAGAGGAGAGGCAUUAUGAGAGAAUUUAUGUCAAGAAUUAUUACCAAUUAUUGUAUUAUUAUAAUUAAAAUAAUCUAUAGAGAGGAGUUAAUUAAUAAAGGGUUUGAAGAGGAGUUUAAUAAAGUUCCCUUUUUCCCUUUUGUUUUCUUUUUUCUCAUUAUCUUUGUUUUAUAAUAAUAAUGUGAAUUGAAUAUUUCAAUUUAUAAAAUUCUAUUCUUUGAUAUAA